CGGCCGGAAAACCCGGACGGGCGUUCGGCGAGAACCGCGCAUGCUCCCUCUCCUCGCGCUCGGCGCGGUCGUCAGAUCCCCGGCGGCUCCCGCGUCACCUUAGCCUGCGGGGCCGGCUCCUGGCGGCGCCACGCGAGCCGCAGCGGCUGCCGGGCAGGGACCCGGCUCGGGCUUCCCAGACCGCGAGGCUGGCGCCGCGCCGCGGAGCCGCUUUUCGUGACCUAGUUGGAGGUUCUUUGAUGCGGAAGUACUAUGAGCUUUCAGAAGUUCUGGAGAGAGUACAAAGUUCUGAUUGUUAUGGUGCCUUUAAUUGGGUUCAUACACGUGGGUUGGCACAGAAUCAGAAGCAGCCCUGUUUUCCAAGUACCUAGUAAGGACAGCGUUCCUGAAACAGACAGUCUGAGCCUUUCAAGUCCUCCAAAGAGCCACAUCCAAGGAAAAUAGCAAGCUUUGG